GAGAAAACGUCGCGUCUCGCGAAGAAGACAGAUUCAAAGUCAGUUUAGUCGCGAAAGGCCACAGUUCAGGAAAUGUGCCGCGUUCAACAAGAGGCCAAAAAGUAAACAGAGGUGGCACCGUUUGGCAAGAGAACAAGAUGGAGAUGCUGUGUUUUCAGUUGCCGGGCCACGGGGACACAACUUUGAAGCAUAUGAAUACACUGAGAUCUCGCCAACAUUUCUGCGACAUUACCAUCGUGGCCAGUGACAAUCUGACCUUCAGGGGGCAUAAGGUGGUACUAGCUGCCUGCUCACCCUUCCUGAGAGAUCAGUUCCUCCUCAACCCAUCUUCUAAGCUUCAGGUGUCAAUGCUGUAUAGCUCCACAGUGGUGUGUGAUUUGCUCCUGUCCUGCUACACUGGCAUGUUGCAGUUCAGCCCAGAGGAGAUAGUCAACUAUCUGACCACUGCCAGCUACCUGCAGAUGGAGCACAUCGUAGAACGCUGUCGAGGAGCACUGAAGAAAUAUGUACAGCUUAAAAACCCUAGUCAAUCAAAAAUUACCGAACAGAACAGUCAGACUAACCCAGCGCCUGUCGGCCGCAGUAUUCAUUCUGCUGCGACUGGAUCAACUCACACAGGCCAGCUGUCCCCUGUACACCCACACAGCCCCAUGGGACAAUCUGUGGAGGAAAGUGGAAAUAUGUGCAGCGAGGGAAGCAGCCAACAGCACAGUGACAGUUUUGUGGUGAAUGAGCCACAUAUUAAGGUUAACAUGUCUGAUGAGGAGGAAGAGACCAGACAAGAAGAAUAUGGUGUAUUCCAAGUGUACAUCCCUGAAGAGGAGCAGAUCAACAGGGACAGGCAAGAGGAACGAAACACUCCCUCUGGUGACCCUCAGGAUGUACGCAACUCAGAAACUGAAGGGGUAAAUAUCAGAGAAGGCACCAGUGACUAUGGGUUGAAAACAACAGAAGAAGACCUGAGUGCUGGCAGCCACUUGGGGGAGGAUCUUUCCAUGGAGGGGCUUUGUGCUUUGAGACGCAGACUGCCUGACCCUAAAAUGGGUUGGGGCAGAGGGAGAGGCAGGGGGAGAGGUUUCAAGAGGAGAAGGUGGGCCACAUCUCAAGAGAGAAGGCCUCCAGACAUGACUCAACAGCAUGAUCUGUGGUACAUAGCUGCGGGGGUGGGAGGCAGUUUGGGGCUGGAUUACAAUCAAGAAAGCGUGAAACCAGGAAGUUACCUGUCGGUUGACCUUCCGCGAUUGGAGUUCAACACAAGCAAUGCACAGGGAGACAGAGCCUCCACAAUGGCCGGCAACAGUAUAGGCCAGUACGCUCUGGAGGACUCCGGCUGUGGUGCCGGAGAGGGCAGUUCUGGGUUAACAGCUGUUUCACCAAACGAAGGAGGGGAUGAGUCGGUGGCCGUGGUGGGUUCCACCUCCAGUGUAGCCGGGCCUGUGAUCUGUGAACACUGCGGCAUGACCUUCCCCUCGGCGCACUCCCUCGCUGUCCACUCUCGCGCCACUCACCUGCUGUACGCUUGCCCCUGCUGCGGAAAGCACUUUCACCAUGCCGCCAACCUCACCAGGCAUAUGGCGGUGCACCGAGGCGGCGGUAAAACCCACCAGUGCCCGCUGUGCUACAAGACUUUCACCCAGAAGUCAACACUGAUAGACCACAUGAAUCUCCACAGCGGUGAGCGGCCUCACCACUGCGCUUACUGCCACGCACGAUUUGCCCACAAGCCCGCACUUCGGCGCCACCUCAAGGAGCAGCACGGGAAAACCACAGGACAAAAUUUCCUGCAUGAGCAAGAGGAGAGGCAGCGGGAGCAGCAGCAGGGCAGAGGAGUCACCGGAAGAAUACGAGAGGAAGAACAAGAGUGUCCAGUAACUGAGCAAGUGUCCUAAAUGUUUUUUUUCUACAUAUAAUCAAAAUGACUCAAGUUUGAGAGACACUGUUAAACCCAAAAUGUGAAUCUGCUGCAAAUUGUGAAUUAUCCACAAACCUUGAAUUGCAAAACAUGAACACUGAAAAAAUACCUCACGUGAUGUGAAUGCAUAUUUCACAAAACGUGAAUUUCUUCAUUACUACGGAUAUUUCAUGUCACUAUGAAUUAAUUUUUGAUCAUUAAUGGAGCAAACCACAAGAACAAGAUAGAAAAAGUGUACAUUUUCCAAAAUAUAUUCAACUAAUCAACAACUUGUGCACUUAUUUGUUGAUUUUACUAUUUAUUCUGCCAUGCUAAAACCUCACCUGAG